GCUACAUUUGUUAUCAUCCUGGAUACUACUCGGCACUGACAAUCGCCGGGGGGAACGGUGACAGGUACCUUGGCACCGAAUUAGGUGUGAAACAGGAUCACUCAUCAUAGUUUAAUCAUGGCUUUCAGCAAAGGUUACCGUAUUUACCACAAACUGGAUCCACCCCCCUACAGUGUCAUCGUGGAGACACGAAAUCGCGAUGAGUGCUUGAUGUUUGAGUCUGGGGCUGUCGCAGUUUUGUCUGCUGCAGAGAAAGAGGCCAUCAAAAACACAUACACCAAGAUGCUGGAUGCGUAUGGCAUUUUGGGAGUUCUCCGUCUAAACUUGGGAGACUCUAUGCUGCACAGUCUCGUGGUGGUGACCGGUUGUAGCUCGGUGGGCAAAGUCCAGGACUCCGAGGUGUUCCGGGUCACAGCCACGGAAUUUGUCUCCCUGAAGAAUGACCCGUCCGACGAGGACCGUAUAUCAGACGUUCGGAAAAUCCUCAGCUCGGGGAACUUCUACUUCGCCUGGUCGUCCUCCGGGAUCAGCAUGGACCUGAGUCUCAACGCCCACCGCAGGAUCAAAGAGGACACGACAGACAAUCGCUUCUUCUGGAACCAGUCCCUCCACCUCCACCUGAAACACUACGGCGUGAACUGCGACGACUGGCUGCUGCGGCUGAUGUGCGGCGGCGUGGAGAUCCGCACCAUCUACGCGGGACACAAGCAGGCCAAGGCCUGCGUCAUCUCCAGGCUGAGCUCGGAGCGCGCCGGCACGCGCUUCAACGUCCGCGGGACCAACGACGACGGCCAGGUGGCCAACUUCGUCGAGACUGAGCAGGUCAUUUUCCUUGAUGACAAAGUGUCCUCGUUCAUUCAGAUCCGUGGCUCUAUACCACUGUUCUGGGAACAGCCUGGCAUUCAGGUUGGCUCUCAUCGUGUCAAGCUGUCUCGGGGCUUUGAGGCGAAUGCACCAGCUUUCGAGAGACAUUUCACUGGUAUACGUGGACUCUAUGGAAAGCAAGUGAUCCUCAACCUCUUGGGAAUGAAGGAAGGAGAGAACAUGCUGAGCAAAGCCUUCCAGAGCCAUCUGAAAGCUUCUGAGCAUGCGUCAACAGUGAGGAUGAUCAACUUUGACUACCAUCAGAUGGUCAAGGGAGGCAAAGCAGAGAAGCUGCACAGCGUACUCAAGCCCCAGGUCAGCAAGUUCCUGGAGGAUUGCGGCUUCUUCUACUACUCUGGAGAAACAGGCGUCCAGAGAUGCCAGACUGGGACCCUUCGCGUCAACUGUCUGGACUGCUUGGACCGAACCAAUAGUGUCCAAGCCUUCUUUGCACUAGAGAUGUUGCCCAAACAGCUAGAGGACAUGGGGCUGACGGAGAAGCCCCAGCUGGUGGCUCGCUUCCAGGAGGUCUUCCGCUCCAUGUGGUCCGUCAACGGAGACUCGGUCAGCAAGAUCUACGCCGGCACAGGAGCCCUGGAUGGCAAGGCUAAGGGUGGAAAGCUGAAAGACGGCGCCCGCUCUGUCACCCGAACCAUCCAGAACAACUUCUUCGACAGCUCCAAGCAGGAGGCCAUCGACGUCCUGCGGCUGGGCAGCACCCUGAACAGCGACCUGGCCGACAAGGCGCGCGCCCUGCUCACCACGAGCAGCCUCUACGCGUCACCAAGAGUGUUACUGGGCAUGUGCCAGAACUAUCACAAGUACACCCAGCCCAAGCAGGUCAGGGUGUGCGUGGGCACCUGGAACGUCAACGGCGGCAAGCAGUUCCGCAGCAUCGCGUAUCGGAACCAGACCCUCAAUGACUGGCUUCUGGACGCCCCCAUGAAGGCGGGACACCCCGAAUUUCAAGAUGGCAAAGCAGAGCCUGCAGACAUCUUUGCCAUUGGCUUUGAGGAGAUGGUGGAGCUGAAUGCUGGAAACAUAGUCAGUGCAAGCACCACUAAUCAGAAGCUGUGGGCGGCCGAGCUGCAGAAGAACCUCUCCCGCGAUUGCAAAUACGUGCUGCUGGCGUCCGAGCAGCUCGUUGGAGUGUGUCUGUUUGUGUUCAUCCGCCCCCAACACGCCCCGUUCAUUCGGGAUGUUGCUGUGGACACCGUGAAGACCGGCAUGGGCGGAGCUACAGGCAACAAAGGGGGCGUGGCCAUUCGCCUGCUGUUCCACACCACCAGCAUGUGCUUUGUGUGCUCACAUUUUGCCGCCGGCCAAUCACAGGUCAAGGAGAGGAACGACGACUACAAUGAGAUCACGCGCAAGCUCACCUUCCCCAUGGGUCGUCUGCUGUACUCCCACGACUACGUGUUCUGGUGCGGCGACUUUAACUACCGCAUCAGCAUGCCCAACGAGGAGGUCAAGGAGCUGAUCCGCCAGCAGAGCUGGGACGCCCUCAUCGCUGGAGACCAGCUGGUGGACCAGAAGAACGCUGGCCUGGUUUUCCGCGGCUUCAUCGAGGGGAAGCUGGACUUUGCGCCCACCUACAAAUACGACUUGUUCUCCGAGGACUAUGACACCAGUGAGAAGUGCCGCACGCCGGCCUGGACCGACCGCGUGCUGUGGAAGCGCAGGAAGUGGAACUUUGACAAGACCGCUGAGGAGAUGAAUAUGAAUGUGGUGGGCGCUCCUUCAUCUGAAGAGGAGGAUCUGACCCCCUGGAACUCAGGAACGCUCAAGUACUACGGCAGAGCUGAACUCAAGACCUCUGAUCACAGGCCCGUGAUGGCCAUCAUCGACGUGGACGUGCUGGAGGUGGACCCGGAGGCGCGUCACCAGGUCUACAAGGACGUGAUCGCGCUGCAGGGCCCCCCCGACGGCACCAUCCUGGUCUCGCUCUGCAGCUCCGGACCAGACGACUACUUCGACGACGCGCUGAUCGACGAGCUGCUCGACAAGUUUGCCGCCUUCGGCGAGGUCAUUCUCAUCAGGUUUGUUGAGGAGAAGAUGUGGGUCACGUUCCUGGAGGGCUACUCUGCUCUGGCUGCACUGUCACUCAGUGCCUCUGAGGUGUUGGGGAAGAUCAUAGACGUGCGCCUGAAGAGCCCGGGCUGGAUCAAGAGUCUGGAGGAGGAGAUGAGUGUGGAGAGAGUCUUCGGCAGCAUCCCCACCUCGGCCAGCUCCACGCUCCUGGCAGAGGACUCCUACGUGGGCGAUGACGAAUUCGACAUGGAGGGUGACGUGGAUGAGGAAGUGGAGGAGAUCCUGCCACAGCACCUGCAGCCUGGAGCGGGCGUCGGCCCCGGCUCGUCCCCCCUGCCCUCCCCCCGCACCAGCCCCUGCCCCUCACCCACCCACGGGGAGCCCACGGCCCCCAGCCGCCCCAGUCGGUCAGCACCGCGCUCUGGGGGACCACCACAGGGAAGUUUAAGUCCCGUGCCUUUCAGGAGAGAUCUGGCAGGUUCUCCAGUGGAGUCUGCGAUGGGCGGACCGUCGGCUCAGGGUUUGGAACCCAAGCGGGCCCCUCCCCCGAGGCCCAACGCCCCUCCGGCCCGUCCGGCACCCCCACAGCGCCCCCCGCCACCCUCAGGGCGCGGCCAGGCUGCUGCAGGAGCAGUCGGACGACCGAAUAUCCCAGCUCGUGCGGGGGUCAUCAGCGUUCCACCGAUGGCCAGACCCCCACCCCCGGCUCACCCUGGAGCUCCGCGACCCGCCGGCGACGUGCACCCCGGAGCCCCGCGGCCGGCCCCCGACAACCACCCUGGAGCCCCGCGCCCCAUCCCCGAACCCCAGAGCAAACCAGCACAGCCGCCCACCGCCGGUCCACCUCCUGCAAUGCCAGGACCUAUGAGACCCCAAAUGGCUCCCCCCAUGCAGCCUCAGAUGGGGCCUCCCAUGCAGCCUAUGCAGCCUCAGAUGGCGGCUCCCAUGCAACCCCAAGCGUCAGUGCAGCAGCGUCUGCCGGCCCCUCUGCUGCCCUCUCCCAUGCAGCCGCAGGCAGCAGCCCCCGGCGGCGGCCCGCAGGCACCUUCUCCGGUCGGCGUCCCGCCGCCCCAGCCGGGCCUGGCCUCCCCCAAGCCCCCGCCACGCAGCCGCUCCUCCCACGGAAUCCCCCCGGAGGCGGCCCAGGGCCAAGCCCCAGCCCCAGCUCCUGCUCCAGCCUCACAGAUCAACGGACUGAACGGCCUCCAGCGAGAAGCACAAUGGAAACCGGACCCCUUCGACACGCUCUCCUCCGACCUCUUCCCCGCGCCCUCCCCCUGGCUCAACACCCAGUCCCUGACCCGCAGCAGCUCGCUGCGCUCCGGUCAACUCCCGCCGCCGCCGCCUUCCCAGCCUCGCUCCUCGUCCUCGGCCACGCUGCCGCCGGCCUCGCGCUCCCUGCACUCGGCGCCCCUCUUCUCCUCCUCGUCCUCUUCGUCCCCCCUGCAGGCGCCCUUCUUCUCCUCCUCCUCCGUCUCCUCCUCGUCCUCCUUCUCCUCCUCCUCCGCCGCCGCGUCCCCGGCCACGUGGGACUCGCCGUGCGGCGGCAGCUCGCCCUCGCUCCUGCCGCCGCCGCCGGUGCCGUCGCGCAGCCGCUCACAGGAGACGCUGCUGCGCGCCUCCCCCAACCCCUUCCUGAGCGAGCAGCAGCCCCCCAACCCCAGCAACAACAACAACAGCAGCAGCAACAGCAGCAGCCACAGCAGCAACCCCUUCACAGGCGGCCUGGCUCUGGCCCACACGCAGCGCCGCUCGCUCACGCCGGACUUCUCCGCACAGCAGCAGGCUCAGGCCGCCUCGGCCUUCCAGAGGACCAUGUCGGCCAUGUCCGCCAUGUCUGCUUUCGCCCCCAAACAGCCUGCCUUCUCACUGACCCCACUGGCCCCCCUCACGCCCACUCCCGCCCUCGCCCUCACGCCCACUCCUGCCCCCGCCCUCGCCCCUGCCCUCGCCCCUGCCCCUGCCAUCGCCCCUCCUGCCCCAGACACACGCAAGCAGCAGUGGGUCACGUUCGACGAUGACUCAGACUUCCUGCUCAGAGGGAAGGCCUCUGCCACAGCCGCGGCAGCAGUGGCGGCAGCCCCCCUACUUCCGCCCUCCGCGCCCAGCCCAGCAUCGUUUACACAGGCCCAGAUGCAGCCUCCCGCCUCCGGCUUCGGCAUCGAGAACAGCUGGGGCCCCUCCUCCACCUCCUCCUCCUCCACCACGUCUUUUCCCAUCCUGCCGCCCCCUCUCCCCACCAGGACUAACCCGAACCACCCGCACAUACCCACACGAACGAGCGAGUUCACCGAGAGAUGAGUGUGUUGACUGAUUGUUGUUCAAAGAGUGUGUGCGUGCGUGCGUGCGUGCGUGCGUGCGUGCGUGCGUGCGUGCGUGGAAAAGAAUAUCUAGAGAAACAUAUUGCGUAUAUAUAUGUGUAUUAUGGUUUGUAUAAAGUGCGGUGUAUAGGACAGGUUUGAACUCUCCAUUCCCAAACCCCACAAACCAGGCACUCAAAGUCUGUCAUUUAGGAAAACGUAGAGAUAGUCCAUGCAGCAUCAUUGCACGAGAUGGGAUCAAGAAUAUCAGAUGUUAUUUUCAUUUAAGCAGGAGAACUGUGCCUGUGUCUGUUAUAUUUAUGAAAAGUAUAUACAAAUAUAGAUAUAUAUAUACAUACAUGUAUUCACACAGAUGUGUGUGUGUGUGUGUAUGUGUAAAAUACUGUGCAAUACUUAACUGUUGUAUGGUCACAUGCUACCAUUCUACCAGUUAGCCGAAGUCUGCACACACAGAUUUUCAUGGUCACUGUGGCCUCUUCCACUAAGACUUCCAGCUGACCCCCCCCUCUCCAAAAGGCAUUAUAUACUAUGGCCCUGGGCACUCUUUGUGUUGCUUUAUUUUACUUAUGCACCUGAGCAGAAGUGAUUUUUGCUAACAAAUCACGAGAACUGCAGCGACGCACAUGCCCAGGCUAGGCCUGCGAGUCAUCACCACAGUCAUAUCAGUAGGAGAAGUAGCCUGAACCAUUGAUAUUAUUUUUUCGGUCGUGUUUUCUUGUCCAUGAAUGUACGUUCAGCUCGCUUCGCCUCUUGUCUCGACAAAAGCAUAUUAGUGUGUGUAAGCACUGCAGUCAGCACAAAUGGCAUGUCGCGAGCCACUGCAAAGGUUACUUAGCACGGGCAACUGGACCCCUUUUAACAGACAGACACUGGGCAGUGCCAGUCCGUGCCAGUCAGUAUCAUGUGUCCACAUGUGGCGUAUCUUGUGCCCAUACUGUAUCUUAAUGCAUACUAAUUUAUAGCAGCAUUUUCAUGUAUUGUGAAACCAGCAACUUGGUGUGUGUAUAUAUAUAUAUAUAUACAGUAUAUAUUUACGGUAUGUACAUGUACAUGUCAUAUCUGAAAUGCACUGAAAAGUCAAUGUUUUUGGGGCUUUCAAGGUUUGUGUUGAAGCCAAAGUUUGAGGUGUCUGGCUUAUUGGAAGAGCAUAUCAGUUCCACUGGCAUAGUUAACUUCAGCGUGCCCCUCACUCUUCGGCCACAUGUGAUCUAGUGCUUCUGUUUCUUCUGAUCCAAAGCAUUGAGCAGUACUGCUGUAUAUUUAAUGAAUUUUAAUGAAUGUGGUGUAAUUGUUCUGUUGAGAUCUGAUAUCCAGAUGUUAUUGGUAGGAAGCCGUGGUCCACAUCGGUGUUUGUGUUUGUGAGCGUGUGUAGUGUGUGCGUGUGUGUGUGUAUGUGAGAGUGCAAUGAACUUGUGCUGGCUUUUUUUUUUUUUUUUUUUCAAUUUUAUUUUGGAGUCCACCUCUAGAGAUGGCCAUUUUUUAAUUUUAUUCCUGGUGUUUUUAUUUCAAUCUGGAAAAGUGCUGUCUUCCUGUCACAGAAUGCAUACAGUGUGCGUGUGGAUGUGCAGGCUAUAACAGGACCACUGUAUUUUUUAUUUUCUCAUAGCAGUAGAUGCAUUUUAAAAGAAAACUAGCUCUUGGAUAGAAAUUGCUGUUGCCCCCAUCAAAGUGGCUGCCAUGAAUAACAACUUCAACAAAAACGGUCUAGCUCGUUGGAUCAUGUACAAAAGGGCAGGCUUGCACAUUUGCAAUGUUUAUCAGAGAAUAUGCUGCUUGUCCGCUUAUUAGUCUUUGUAGGACUUUGUGAAAAGAGUUGCUUUCAGCACUGCCAGUAUCUAUUGCUCUUGGAGUUCCACCUUCCUACAUUUUAAAAAAUGAGUUUUUAAAACAGUGGCCUCUCUAGGCCACCGUAUUAUUUUUCACAACUGUAUCACUCUCCUAAGGCAACACAUCUGAGCAGUCCUUCACUGCAGUGGUUGGCCAUGCGGGGAUAUUGUGCGUUAAAUACUGUUUUGACGUUUUGUGUGAUGGGACAUUUUUUAUCAGCUUUCACAGCUUUCAGUAUUUGCGACAUUUUCCAUGAUCAGGCAUUGCUUUUCAUCAUGCCCCGUUCCUAAAUAAACAGACACUUGUAUGCAGGAUUCUAACCAUGCCACCAAAAGUUUUAUGUAUGUGUUUAAAUGUGGUCUUGUCGAAGCAGCAGUGGCGUCAGUAUUGUACCUUAUAUCGUACUACCUACUCUUUCUGUAUUGUUGGGUUUACAUGUAACUGCACAUGCAUUAAUGAACAUCAGUGGAUGGCUUAAAUGUGGAGGAUUGCAACAUUACCCUUUGGGUCAAGUGGUCCAUCCAUUCCUCUCUACUGGAAGCAUUGAUGGCUCCACCAGGUAGCUUGUUUUGGCUUCUAUUCUAAAGAGGGGCCACUCCUUACCAGUGGUGGAAACAGCAGGGUAAGAAGAAUGCCUCCUAGUACUAAUUCCCGUGCAUUGUUUGUUCAGUAACAGUAACAGUCACUUUCUGUAUUUACACUCACUGAUUAGGGAUGUCUUUUCGACAUGAUUUCAUGACCGUUCAGUUGGUGUGAGAUCACAUCCAAUAGGAACUCUUGGAAAGCUUUGAUAUUGUGAUUGGGGUGUACAGUGAAUGAGAGUGUUCAUUCUGAGAGACAUAGAGCCAGAGGCUUAAGGGGAUCGCUUUUACUUAAAAGGCCAGAUUUUCUAGGAGUCUGUUUACUCCCUUUGUGAGGUGAAUGUUCCCUUGUAGCUGUAACCCAGUAGUGACAAAAAAACUUCUGUUGUUGACCAUAUUCUCUAUAUCAAAGAAACCAGGAAACUACAGAUCAUUAAUUAGUAUUUAAACAUCUGUGAUUCAUGUGCAAACCUGAGUGCACAGUUCUUGUAUGAAGCAAUUGGUGUUGUAUGUAUGCAAUAAUAAAUAUAUAUCAAACUGAC